AUGUCAAUGUAAAAAAAAAGUAAAUACAAAUUCAAUUCGGUACCUACAAUUGUAAUUAUAUUUUGGUUUUUACAUAUAUGCAACAUAAUGCUUUGUAAAAGAGCAUGUAUUAAAUUACGAAAGUAUUUAGUUUUAAUUCAAAGUCAUAAAAAAUACAGUGUAAUAGCUUCUGUACUGGAAAAAGCUAACGUCGGUGAACUUGCUGAAAUUAAGGGCUGGGUAAAGAGUUUGCGCAUUCAAAAAGAUCACAUUUUCGCGGACGUAAACGAUGGUUCCUGCGCUCAAAAAUUGCAAAUCCUUAUUCCAAAACACCUCAAAACAGACGCUCUGACGUAUGGAAGUUCGGUCCACAUCGCUGGGAAGCUAUCGAAAAGUCCUAGAGGCCAGCUGGAGUUGCUCGCAGAAAAUGUGACAGUGCUCGGUAAAUGUGUGGUCCUAGAUGGAUAUCCUUUCAACCCACGUACUGCACAUCCUCCCGAAUACGUAAGACAAUACUUACACUUACGAUCACGCACGAAUUACUUUUCUGCCGUGUUGAGAGUGCGUAAUGCACUUACAAAGCAUAUCCAUGAUUAUUUUGCAUCUAAUAACUAUAUGCACAUUAACACUCCAAUAUUAACGUCUAACGACUGUGAAGGAGCAGGCGAGGUCUUCAAAGUGCAGCCGGAAAACGAUGAAACUGUUAAAGCCAUGAUGCAAGAAGGAAGGAAUAGAGAUACAGUGUAUUUUGGUACCAAAACAUACUUAACUGUAUCAGGACAGUUGCACUUAGAAGCUAUCUGUCGAGGAAUGGGUAAUGUAUACACACUAGGACCUACAUUUAGAGCAGAAAACUCCAGAUCUCGAUUGCAUUUAUCAGAAUUUUAUAUGUUGGAAGCGGAAAUUGCAUUCUGUGAUAGUAUACUUAAACUGCAAGAUGCUAUAGAAGAUUUAUUAAAGUAUUUAUUUUUACAAACUAGAAACAGUAAUGAAUCAGAUUUAUUCCUGAUAGAUAAGAAUAAUAAACCGCCUACAUGGCUGCAAAAAGAAUUUAUAACACUGACCUAUGAUGAAGCAAGAAAUAUUCUAGGUAAGAAAGGUCUAAUUGUAACAGAAGAAGGUAUUAAUAAAGAGCAGGAGCUGGCUCUAGUAGAUUACUGUCAAGUACCAGUUUUUAUAACUCAGUGGCCCAAAGAUAUGAAAUCAUUUUAUAUGAAGGAAUCUCCUUUGGAUGAUACAAAGGUGGAUGCAUUAGAUCUAUUAGCACCAAUAACAGGAGAAAUAGUUGGCGGAAGUCUCAGGGAGGAUGAUUAUGACAAACUAAAGAGCAAACUACCAUCAGAACAGUUAAACUGGUAUCUAGAACUGAGAAAGUUUGGAAAUAUACCUACAGGUGGCUUUGGUCUAGGACUGGAGAGAAUAAUGCAAGUUUUGUGUAAUGUUUCUAAUAUCAAGGAUACUUUGCCCUUUCCGAGGUGGCCACACAAUUGUGAUAUGUAAAUUAUAAAUUAAUUAUUAUUAAUCACUGUGGUUAAAACAAAUUCAGGAGCUGGUGAACAGAACUGAACUUUAAAGUCCACUUCUAAAUCUAGUGGCUUGAUCCAGUUAUGAAAGUAUUAUUUUCUAUGAAAAUGGGCUUUGCUAUCCAAAAAGGGCAUUUUUAAACAUCUAAUGCUAUCAUAGGCUACCCAUUUUAAGCUGUCCUUUAAAAUUUCGUGCAUAGUGCGAUUCUGUUCGUCAGCUCCUCAAUUUUUGUAUAUAGAUUAUAAAUGAGAAUAUGUUAUGAAAUAAAUUGAUGAACUAGU